AUGUCGGAUGUGUUGCAUGAUCGCUUUACUUCACCAUCGUCUGUGACAAAUGGACGUCGUUAUUGUGAUUUGUUUCUACUGCUUCACUUCGAGGUCGACAUUGACUCUAAAGAAGAUGCGCAUGAAAGAGGAGAAAAGUGUCGAUACCUGAACACAUGUAUUAGAGCCAAUCUUGUUUAUCCUGUUAUAACAAAAGUUUUGUUGAACGUGGUGCGUCGUGACGAUGGAAUGCGUGAGAUUCUGAUGCCAAAGCAGUACACAAAGAACAACGAUGAGCGAGAGUUUGUCCUUCGUCUGCUUGCUAAUCGUUUUGUCUCGUUUUUCCAUAACAUUAUUAUGCUGGUCUAUUGGGACGUGUUCUGUUCGACGAUGCUCGAGGAACUCGAAAAUCGUGGUGGAACACCACGUGCAGAACUUCAAGCGUGGCAAACAUUGCUUCACAUAAUCAACGAGAAUAUGCUGGCCGGAUAUUUGGACGCAAAACAGGAAGGCAGAGAAUAA